AUGGGUUCAAUAAACGGAUCGGCCGAGGUGCUUGCGCCUACUCCUCGAUACAUCGCCAAAUCAUACAACCAUGCGGACUCGCAGGCCUCUGCCCUGAGGCUUGUGUUGACGUUGAACCCUCACUGGGAGGGCGGCGACAAUAAGAUUGAGUUUGUGCGAUUCACAGACGGAAUCACUAAUACUCUGUUCAAGGCUAUAAACCGCAAGCCGGGCUUGACAGAGGAGGAAAUAGACAAGGAGGCAGUACUGAUGAGAGCGUACGGUAAUCAUACAGAAAUUCUCAUAGACCGCGAAAGAGAAACGAACUCGCAUGCUCUUCUCGCUAGAUAUGGCUUAGCCCCUCCCCUCCUGGCUCGCUUUAAAAACGGUCUGCUCUACCGGUUCAUUCGUGGUCGCCCGGCUACCCAUCAGGAUCUGGUUACAGAGGGCGUUUGGCGUGGAGUUGCCCGCCGACUUGGAGAAUGGCAUGCCAUCCUUCCCAUCAAGGCCGCCGAGACAUUACCUGCAUCAAAACAGGAGACGGCGCUGCUAGACUCUGUAGAAGUGUCCGCGGACGGCCAACCGGUCAAGACAGACGACCUACAAGUGAUUCAACCCAGGCAGCCGGGAGCCAAUCUCUGGGCGGUGCUCCAGAAAUGGAUACUUGCCCUGCCAACAAGUACUGAAGCGCAGCGCCAGAGGCGUCGAAGUCUACAGACGGAGCUCGAGCGCGUCGUACGCGAGUUCGAUAACGGGAAGGGAUUAGGCGAGCAUGGAUUGGUAUUCGCUCAUUGCGAUCUCCUAUCUGCAAAUGUCAUCAUCCUCCCGCGCGAAGGGGCUGUUACCGCCGCCGACGAAACCGAAACGGUUAACUUUAUCGACUACGAAUACGCCACACCGUCGCCAGCCGCAUUCGAUAUUGCAAACCACUUUGCCGAAUGGGGUGGUUUCGACUGCGAUUACAAUAUGAUGCCGACGAAGUCGGUCCGCCGGCAAUUCUUGAAGGAAUACGUCCGCAGCUACAGCGAGCACCAGGGAAUCCCAGAGUCAUCCCAAGCAGAGAUUGUGGAACAGUUGUGCGAUGAAGUAGACCGAUACCGCGGAUUGCCUGGAUUAUACUGGGGAAUUUGGGCACUGAUUCAGGCACAAAUCUCUCAGAUUGACUUUGACUAUGCCUCGUACGCAGAAACACGGCUGGGUGAGUAUUAUGCCUGGCGGGCUGAGACGGAUGGGACUCGAGGAGACGGAAAACUACCCCUACGUGAGCGACGAUGGGCGCAAGAGGUUUAG